AGAAGUUGCAAGUAGGAACCAAAGUUCAGACUGAGAAAAUCGAGGUUAAAGCUUCUGGGAUUUCUGAGCGCUCAGCUGGAAGUGACUGAGUAAUAAGGCGGACAGGCUCAGGUUAUGACCUCAGGACUUCUCACACUGCAUUCAGCUCCUUCUCCACACCGAAGAAGACUCGGACACAGGCUGCCGCCGGCAGCUGUGGGAACUCCAUCAUGAUCCCACAAGUAGUGAUCAAUGAUACCGUCACAGUGACUUCACCAAAUGGAAUCAGCUUUCCUCAAACAGACAAACCCCAGCCUCCCCACCAAAGGCAAGACAGUCUGAAGAAACAUCUGAAGGCAGAGAUCAAAGUGAUGGCGGCAAUCCAGAUCAUGUGUUCUGUGAUGGUGUUGGCUCUGGGAAUCAUUUUGGCAUCUGUUCCCUCUGUUCCACAUUUUACUUCAGUGUUUUCUGUCCUGUUAAAAUCUGGAUACCCAUUUAUGGGGGCAUUGUUUUUUGCCAUCUCUGGAAUUCUGUCUGUUAUCACAGAGAAAAAGAUGACUAAGCCUUUGGUUCAGUGCAGCCUAGCUCUGAGCAUCCUGAGUAUCCUCUCUGCUCUCAUAGGCCUUGUUAUACUCUCUGUCAGUCUGACUGCUUUAGAGCCUGCCUUGCAGCAGUGUAAGCUGAUUGCCACACAACAACCAGUCACAACCCCACAUUAUUAUCGUUUCUUUCACCAUGAACUGGCUGACAAGAACUGCUUCACGGCCAAAGCUGCUCUGACUGGAGUCUUUUCAUUGAUGCUGAUCAGCAGUGUGUUGGAGCUUGGCCUGGCUGUCCUCACUACCAUACUGUGGUGGAAGCAGAGUUUUUCUGAUUUCUCUGGAAAUGUGAUUUUCCUGUCUCAGGACUCAAAGAAUAAAUCCAGUAUAUCUUCAGAGUCACUUUGUAACCCUGCAUAUGAAAAAUAACUGACUUCAUAAGAAUUAAGUAGAAAUUAUAUAACAGAAGACCAGUUUUUAACAUGAUUUAAAAAAGCCAUUUAUUGUGUGACAGCAAUGUUUAAUAUGUGUGUGUGGUGGUUAAUCAGCAACCAUGAAAACCAUGUUGGCUGGCUGGUAUCUAUUGCAUGCUUCUGAUUUUGCUUCAGUCAAAGCACAGACCCGUAAAUUCCAAUUUAUGUAGUGGUCAAAGAGUCCAAGAUAUUUUCUCAAAAAACUAGAAGCAUGUUUCAUAGGGUUAUAGUGGGGCAAAUGGGUAUCAUUUCUUCUUAUUCUUUGCACUUAGCUGCAGGAGGUACUAGUUAGUGCCUGAGAUCUUAAUCCGUGCAUGUGGCAUGGGACUUUAUGCAUCCAUUUUAUUCAUAAGAACAUGAAGACAAGUCACCUCUUAUGAAGUCUCAAGGAGCAUACAAAAUAUUGACCUCCAAAUAAAGUCUUUAUGUAACCCCAUAUUUCAUUUGUAUAGUUUUGUUUUUGCAUUUAAGCCCAUGGCAUAUCGCUUAGCACAGGCAUGUCAAGAUGAAGUACCUUUCUUCCCUCCUAAGUGCAACCAAAAGUUUCACCGAAAAUCUAGCCAAGAAUACUCAACAUUUACUAAGAAAAAAUCAGGACAUCUCUUUCUUUUUCUUCCUGAUUGAAAAAUAAAAAAGAACGGUUGUAUUUUUAACUUUUUCCUAGAGCUUUCUUUUUCUACUAUAAAUACUAUAUACAAAGCUGGAAGAAAUAACAUCAAGAUUAAAGUGGAUUAAACUGAAUCUGAAUGAGCAUUCAAUAUUUAGCAAUGUUGUGUGGGUACCAGUUGGGGUACUUGAUUUUGGAAUCAGCAGAGUUAACAGGAUAGUGGUUCACAGGUUGACACUCACAAACCAGCUUUGGUCCUAGAUACAUAAGCAGACUGUGCUUCCUCAGUCGCUAUGUGGAAUUGGAACACAGACACUGAGGAGUUGGCAAAAAUCUGCAUAUUGAUUCCCUGAUCUGUGUGUGAUGGCAUGUCGUGAUUACAAUGGUCAGUAGAAAUUAUUAUAUGUGCUUCUACUUGGGAAAAUAAUGAAUCAAAAUCAGUAAUCAUUCUCUUGGAAACGUUCUGGAGAGAGUGCCACCAUCAUGAACAUGAAAGAUUCAGGGUAAUGGUUUCAAUCAACUCUUUGUGUAACUUUUCUGUUUGGCCUACGCAGAGGACAAACAGACAUUUGGACAUGGCAGUUAUAGGUCUAAUUAGGUGACGGAUCAUAUUGUUGCUGCCGUACCGUAUGUGAUUUUCUUUUUUUUUUCUUGUAAGCAAACUCAUUUAUCUCCUGAUACCACAUGCAGCAACUGGUCUGGCAAAUGCUUUCCCCCCUCUAUACCUCUUUGUAAGGCCCACCAAAACCAAUUUACUUUCAGAAGUCAAAACCACCAGUAUUCCUUCACUGUCCAGCCUCGAAAACAUAUUAAUUCUCCCAGAGCCCAUUUCUCUUUUUGUAUUAUGUUUUCUUAGACAUGAAUACUUCUGUAUUGAUACCAGAUGUCUUUGUUCAGUGUUGCACUAAUUUUGCUGCAAUGUUUAUCACCUGAAAUAAAAGCUUAAUAUCUGA